ACUGCCCCCGCUCAGCUGUCGCUGUCCGUGACGCUGCCUGCGACGGCCCCGCGCGGCUCUGCCUCGCCGCCGGCACCCAGCGCCGCCGCGCAUGGACCUGCGCCGCCUCCCCGACGCCCGGGACAAGGGCUGGUACCUGGCGCUGAUGGCGCCCAACGUCAAGGGGCCCGACUACGCCUGGCUCGACCCGUCCCGGCUGUACUGCCACCCGCAGGGCUUGCAGGACUGCGUGGCCGACCUGCUGCAGCCCUUCCGCGGGGACCCCAUCGACCUGGUGGCCGGCAUCGACGCCAUGGGCUUCAUCCUGGGUGCCGCAGCGGCGGCCACGCUGCAGAAGGGCUUCCUGGCCAUCCGCAAAGCCGGGCACCUCUGCGUGGAGACACUGGCCCAGCCCUACACCGACUACUCGGGGCGCCAGAAGCUCAUGGAGGUCCGCACGGAUGCGGUGGCCCCAGGCCUCCGCGUUCUGCUUGUGGACCAGUGGGUGGAAACCGGUGGCACCAUGCGGGCCGCCAUCGAGCUGGUGGAGCGGCUGGGGGGAGUCGUGGCAGGCGUCGCCGCCGUCUGCAUCGAGGACAGCGAGGGCGGGCGCUGGAUCCGCGAGCGCUACAAGUGCGCGCACUGCGUGCCCCCGCACCUGCAGCCCCGCUUCGACCGCCACCAGCUCGCCGGGCCCUGAGCGCCCCACGCCGCGGGGUAAAGCGGGACGCCCGCAGCCCCCGCCGGCAGCGAGGCCGCUUUGCCCCCGCCAGCUUCCCUGGGGGGCAGCCCGGGAAGCAGCAGGGAGCCACAGAGCUCGUUUCUUUUUUUAAAAAGUGUAAAAACCAUUUUAUUAUGAAAAAUCGGAGCCCCUGCUAACGAUACGUGGAGUUGCAUA